UCCCCCACACUCGCGUGGAUCCUGGCCCAGCCUGGCCCCGGCAGCAGGCGGCACGAGAUGAGGGCUCCCUUGCCAGUCCCUCCUCCCUGCCUUUGUCUCUUCCUGCCCGUGGGCUCGGCUGGGGUGUGGAGGGAGGGAGGGCCACUCUUCCCAUCCAGGCCCUGGGUCACUAGCACCUCAUAACUUUCUCUUCCACUGAGGACACAGCCAGCAGCUCCUGCCAUGGACAGGUGGUACCUGGGUGGCAGCCCCAAGGAGGACGUGGACCCAUUCUCCUACGACUAUGAGACUGUCCGCAACGGGGGCCUGAUCUUCGCUGCCCUGGCCUUCAUCGUGGGGCUUAUCAUCAUCCUCAGCAGACGAUUCCGCUGCGGGGGCAGGAAGAAGCACCGGCAAGUUCACGAAGAUGAGCUGUAAUGAGAGAGCCAGUCGUGUCCACCAUUGCACCGGGGCCGCUUGGGAAGCCCUCCCUGAGCUAUAGGUCUUUGUACCUGGGACUGCCGGGCCCUCGGGCUGAAGGAAGCCCCGGGCUCCGCAUGACCCCUGGGUGGGUAUCGCCUCCUCCCACCCCGUGCUGAUAAUAAAACCGGCCUCAGAGACGGCUCCUUCCCUGGC